AUGGCACCGACUGCUUGCGUACCUGCUGAAGUAUGCAUGACGAACCUUUAUGACAAACCGGACUUUUAUGUCAAUAAAGGUCUUGAACUCAGCAAUCAUGGAGAGGGCGAACUUUCGCAAUCUCGGUUGGCUGCCAAGGAUCUUGUUUUGGAUGUCCUGAAGAAACGAGCCGCUGAAGUCGACACCGACCGAUGUGCUCCUGGAGAAGAAGAUGCCUUCUAUGUGGCAGACAUGGGUGAGGUUUACCGCCAGCAUCUGCGCUGGAAAAUGAACCUAGGCCGUGUGCGUCCCUUUUUUGCGGUCAAGUGCAACCCCGACCCGGAGGUUCUCCGCCUCAUGGCCAAGCUUGGAAACGGCUUCGACUGCGCUUCCAAGGCGGAGAUUGACAUGGCUCUUCAGACCGGCGUUGACCCCAGUCGCAUCAUCUACGCGCAGCCCUGCAAGACCAAGUCCUACCUGCGCCACGCCGCCAACGUGGGCGUGAAACAGAUGACCUUUGACAAUGCGGACGAGCUGUAUAAGAUCAAGGCUUGCUUUCCCGAUGCCGAACUCUAUCUCCGCAUUCUUACCGAUGACUCGACCAGUCUGUGCCGUCUUAGCAUGAAGUUUGGUGCCUCGUUGGAUGUAGCCCGUCAACUCCUCGAGCUGGCACACGAGCUUGAGCUCAAGGUCGUUGGUGUCAGCUUCCACGUGGGCUCUGGCGCGGAAGACCCCAAAGCUUUCCUCAAGGCCGUUCAGGAUGCCCGCCUGGUCUUUGACCAAGCUGCUGAAAUCGGCCAUGAGCUGCACACUCUCGAUGUUGGUGGCGGUUUCACCGGUGAGACCUUUGAGAAAUUUGCCGGCGUCCUAGGCGAGGCACUGGAGGCUUACUUCCCACCGCACGUCCGCAUCAUCGCCGAGCCCGGUCGAUACUACGUUGGCACCGCGUUCACUUUGGCCGCCAAUGUCAUUGCACGCCGCGAUGUACGGGACCCCGAGGAGGCAAGCAAGGACGCCUAUAUGAUCUACCUCAAUGAUGGUGUGUACGGCAAUUUCUCCAACAUCAUUUUUGACCACCAGCACCCCGAGCCUCGCAUCCUUACAUGCGCAUCUCAGGGAGGCCUGGAGGAUGUAGCCUACUCUAUCUGGGGUCCCACUUGCGAUGGCAUUGACGUCAUAAGCCAGCGAAGCCUGCUUCCCGGCCUGUUGGACGUUGGCGACUGGCUUUACUUUGAGGAGAUGGGCGCCUAUACCAAGUGCAGUGCGACCCGCUUCAACGGCUUCUCCGACAACCACGAGGUAAUUUACAUCUCCAGCGAAGCGGGCGCCUCUGCUCUUCUUGAAUACUAG